AUGUCAUACAAGUCAGCAAUAAUAGGACUAUGUCUACUUGGUGUGAUAUUACUCAUACCACCUUUAGCGUGGCAUUCCAAGACCAAGAAUAUUCCGGCUAUAAUUUUGAUAACGUGGUUGCUCAUAAUGAAUAUAACGUGUAUUGUAGACGCGGCUAUAUGGAGUGGUGAAGACUUCCUAACAAGAUGGGAUGGUAAAGGUUGGUGUGAUAUUGUUAUCAAACUGCAAGUCGGUGCGAAUAUUGGUAUAUCGUGUGCCGUCACUAACAUAAUCUAUAACUUGCAUGCUAUUUUGAAGGCAGAUAGUGUUCUACCAAAUUUGUCAUCGUGGAAAAAGAUUGUCAGAGAUCUUCUGAUAAGUCUACUGACACCGGUAAUAGUCAUGGGGUUCUCGUAUUUAUUACAAGUGUUCAGGUACGGUAUCGCUCGUUAUAAUGGUUGCCAGAACCUACUGUCACCAACAUGGAUUACUACCGUCCUAUAUACAGUAUGGAUGCUUAUAUGGUCACUGGUCGGCGCCGUUUAUGCCACUUUGGUAUUGUUUGUGUUUUAUAAAAAACGCAAAGACGUCAGGGAUAUUUUACAUUGUACCAAUUCCGGCUUGAACUUAACAAGGUUUGCAAGACUAUUGAUCUUUUGCUUUAUCAUUAUACUGGUUAUGUUUCCCUUUUCCAUUUACUGCUUCGUUCAAGACCUCCAACAAGUGGGUGGACAUUAUAGCUUCAAAGAUACACAUUCGAGUACAAUCUGGAAUACUAUCAUUAAAUUUGACCCUGGCAGGCCAGUUUAUAAUAUUUGGCUUUACGUUUUGAUGUCCUGUUUGGUGUUUCUAAUCUUUGGAUUGGGCUCUGAUGCCUUAGAGAUGUAUUCUAAGUUCCUGCGUUCAAUUAAAUUGGGCUUCGUACUGGAUCUAUGGAAGAAUUUUGUUGAUAAGAAUAAAGAAAAACGUGUUGGGAAACUACUCAAUAAGUUAUCCUCAGGUAAAGAGCGCCAUAAUCCUUUCUCCACAGACUCCGAAAAUUAUAUUACCACAGGUACAGAAGGGUACUCCCCUGGUGCAGGCACGCCGAUAUCUCAAGCACAUUUCUAUGUUGAUUAUCGAAUUCCAGAAGAUCUUGGAAAAUCGCAAAAUAGAAGCAAAAAGAGCUUGUUCAAUAGCAAUAAAGCAGACGGUAUUUUUAAUGAUGUGGAACUUAAAGAGAGCAGGCACAUACCUUACCUUACACAAGGACAGAACAUUGAUGACGGAAUCUCACUCGGCGGUUUUUCAAAAGUCACAUUGGAUUGCUCGGAAAAGUCAGAUAAUUGUGCAAGCUCUUAUUUUGAAGGAGAAAGCCUCUGUUACUCGCCGACUUCUAAGCAAGAAGACUUUAGCUCAAAUGAACCUAGUUCAGAAGACACCGCAUUUCGUUGA